AGACCCCUCACCAACACCUGCCCCCCACACACGUACACUCACAUACACAUUAGGUCUGUCACUCGUUCACUCCUUCAGUUCAGAGCGAGACUGACCACAGCAGCAAACCUCCUCAUGGCUCUCCAGACAGCGGCAUGUAUUUACCUGUGCUUCUUGCUGGUAAGUUCUCUUAAAAAAGAGUACUUUACAAAUAUUUAAACACAAAGCAGACAUAAUUCAAAAGUGGACUCGUAGACUUUUGGCCCGACGUGUAAGGCUAGUCUGUUAAUAAGCUUCAUGGUGAUGUGUAAAGAAAGCAUUGGUCUAUGCAGUUACUUAUAAUAAAACUAAACUUAAAGAUUCAUGAAUGAAUGAGUAAAUUCAGUGUUUAGUUAAAACAUGUUUAUUUAUCCCUGCCAAGGAACACUCUGGUCUUUGUUGUCUUGUCAGAAACACUUGUUGCUGCAGGCAUGUGGUCAUGGACUUGUGUUGUUUCUGCGUGUAUCUGGGUCAUGUACUGUACCUCGAAACAGGGCUCGCGUCUUUGAGGCAAAGCUGUUUAUCUGAAAUAGAAAUGUGCGGGGGUUUUAACUUUGGAUUUAUCACGAUUAAGCUUUCCUAAGUGAUGCAGAUGUCAGCUACUGCUGUGUUCUGUCGUCUCAUCAUUAAGCACAAAGCAACAAAGUUUAACUGAGUUCAACUGUGUGUAUAAUUUAUGUUCAUGCUCUGUGAACAAACUUGGUUGACUGGUUAAACAUUUUCAUUUUUAACUCCUUCAUCUUUGUUUGCACACGCUCAGGAAAGCUUUUUGUCUUUCAUACAGGGAGUAAAUGGCUGGCAUGAUCUAGACAACACAGAGUAUGACUGUUGGCCAAUCAGCAGUCCAAAUGACUCCAAUAUGAUCAGCUGUGGUGGUAAGUGUUUGUCCUUGUUUGCUUCAGUGUUUCAUUUUGGUGGAAUCAGCUGAUCUUGAGUUGUUUUUAGUGAAUAUUGGGUGAACAUUUAUUGGGAUGCAUGAUUUUAUAGUCAUAAUAUCGGUGCAGAUAAUUGCCUAAAAAGUUAAUUAUCAGUAGCCAAAAUGGUGAUGUGUCAAUUAUGUGCACCCGAUAAAAGCUUAGGGGUGGCACAGUGGUGUAGGGCGUUUCUGUGUGGAGUUUGCAUGUUCUCCCUGUGUCUGCAUUAGUUUACUCCUGGUACUCCGGUUUCCUCCCACAUCCCAAAAACAUGCAUGAGUGGGGUUAGGUCAAUUGGCCACUUUCAAAUUGCCCGUGAGCGUGGAUGGUUGUCCGUCUCUAUGUGUCAGCCCUGCGAUGGACUGGCAACUUGUCCAUGGUGUCCCCUGUACUCGCCCGAAGAUGCUGGGAUAGGCUCCAGCCCCCCCGGGAAUAAGCGGUAGAAAAUGGAUGGAUGGAUAAAAGCUUACAGGUGCCACAUGUCAGCUGUAUGGAAGUAUCUUGAAGUGUUAAAAAGCCAGAAGACUCAUUACUGAAUGUCUUAUUUUGGAAAAAUAAUCUAUUUAUAAUUUAUGGUAGAAUCAAACAUCAUGUCUCUUUUUUUACGUCAGUUUCUAAAACAAACAGACGAUCAAAAUAAGACUAAUGGGUACAUUCUCUUACAAAGAAAGCUUGUGUUCUUUAUUAUUAAAGGUGUGUAUAUAACUGAAUCGAUUUUGGCAUUGGCCAAAAUGGGUUUCAAAAUUGGCACAAGGGGGCCAAAUAUAUUUCCAGACAUAUAAGGUUUUUAUUUUCUUUCAAAGGAAAUAAUUGAUCUUCAUCCAGAAUUAACUAAAGUGAAUGAGUUGGGGGAUUCAGUAGAAUUGUCCACAAUUACACGACAUGACUGCAUUUUUUGCACACUGUUUGACAACGUGUGUUCUUACUGUGUGCAAACACAGGUCUGGAAAUGGCCUGGGUGCAGCGUCCUCCAGAAAAGGUGUCAAAUGGGGAAGAGUUCAAUGUCUCCUACACUGUGACGGCCUCAGAUUCCUUUUAUGAGUACACAGUCAGGAACAAGAUUUUCCAGUUCAGGUGAGUGUGUUACAUAAACACCUGGAAUCUUAAAGGUCUGCCAUGCCCAAGAUGCACUCAUAUAAACACAGACGCACAGACACACACAUACUUAUGCAUGAGCCAACAGAUACACAGGAGUUUUCUGACACUGGUUUUUCACUGAUUAGAUGAAUGCCUCACGCUGUGGAAGAGACUGAGGUCACUUUUUUGUUCUUACGUCAAUAACAGGACUGACCUAAACCAAGCUCUUAGGUUAAAAUAUGAUUACUUGUACAUUAAAGCUUCUGACUGUAACCUUGGAAACAGCAGUCUCACAGCAGUGGCCUGAGCUAUUAUUUGAUUGUGUAUUUCUUGAUCUACUCACCCAGUAAUGCAUCAGAAGCAAAGAGGUUCUGCCACGAUCACGAGUGUCCAUCAAACUGGAACAACGCAGACGAAACAAACUGCUGUGUGUAUCAUGCCAACAUCCACUCUUGUCCUCUGGGUCUCAUGGUGAGUAUGCAGCAGUGGGUCUUCCGUCACUUUUUCCACCAAAUUAAACACUGUUCAUAUCAUUUAUUCCAUUAAAUAGAGACAGAUCUCUGUGGGGCCCUAUAUGCUGCGUGGCAUAGUAAUAUAUUAAAAAUACGCAGAAUUUUUGUUUGUUUUCUUUCCCCUAUGUAACUGCAAGGUUAUCAAGGGUAAUGCAACAUUAUAUUGUGCACAUAUUUCUGCUUGAUUUAACUCCUCCUUAAGUUCACUGUAGGGAAAAUUAAAUUUGAUUUUUUGGAUUAGGACUUCCUUAAAUCAUUUUUUGUCUCUAAACAGAAACAUGGUGGAAUCUGUGGCCCAUGGAUCCCUGAUGAUGGUAAAAUAGUAACUCAUACUGCGUCGCAAGCAGGCAAGAUGACCCAGAAAUACUGGACUUCAAAGGUGAGAAACCGAGACAGAGGAGAAACGGAAAUGGCUGAUUCCAAAAUCCACUGAGAUGCUAAUCACAACACCAGAAAGACUUGUUCUCAGUGUGUAAAGGCCUUAAGCACGGGAGUUUAGAACUGUGAAGUUGUGGGACAGGUAUUUACUGAACCAGGAUAUGACGGUUAUUUUUGACACACAUGGGGCAGUCCUGUCCAGUGAGCAAUGGUGCUGACCUGCUUCAAGUGGGUCAUGUGGAGUUGAGAAUUUAUCAUUGAUGCAUGCAAAAGAAAGGACCCACAACUCACUUUUCUUUGUUGCAAGCUAUCACAUAACGACUGAGACUUACUUUCUUCCUCUGCAGAGUUCAGUUGUUGUCUCUCUUGUUAUGUUCUCCUGUGUAGGUGGUGCUGAUCCACGUGGGAGUCACCUCAGUCAUUGCUCAUAUCAAAAUAGGGCAGAUGCACGCAGCACUGGAGGCCAAAGUGCUUGUUGUCAGUGCUCAAGGUCAGUCUGCUCUCUCAUGAAGCUGCUGAUAGGCUGAAUCCUACAGUUUGAGCUGAACAGACAAAAAGCAACAGCUUGUUUGCAUUAUAAACUUGCAUGGAGGCAUCAGGUUGUAAGGUCGACUUGUGUGUGACCUCACUUUAUAAUAACAAUCAUGCCAAAACAUCUGAUAUAAAAUCUGCAAGGUUCAAGGAUCCAGAGUCUCUUUUUUCUUUCAAAAACUGUAACUCAAGCAGCACACGUAGCUAUCUCCUAAGAAAGAAAUGAUAUUUUUUUCUGUAUGGUGUAGUUGCCACUCUUUUCUCACCCUGCUGUGAACUUUAUGUGCCUCUGAAAUCAGUGGAUAGAGAUUUGUAAUCUAAAACUUCUCCCUUUGAUUCAGUGUGUGGGGAUAAUGUCUGUGAGCUAGAGGAGACCUGUCUCAACUGUCCUGCUGACUGUGGCAUCUGCCCCAUGUCCAUCGCUAUCAAGGUGGCCAUUGGGCUCCCAGUGGCUCUCUUCAGCAGCGGCUUUAUCUUCACUAUGGUGGUCAGUUUUACUACCCACACACAUGAAGAGAGUAGUCAACUUUAAUAAGUUAAACGCUCAAACUCUUUCACUCCUACUUAUAGUAUUACAUAAUUAAUUUAAAUGGCUUUUUAUUUCUUAUUUAUUCCCAAAUUAACUACUCUACACUAAAGGAUUCAAACAGAUUCCAUCAUAUUAAUCACACACAUUAACAUUGGCGAUAUUUUAUGAUGUUUAUCAAAUUUCCUCCCAACAGUGGCUCCAGUACCAGAAACAGAAGAUGCUUUGGGAUGAAAGCUGGAUCAUCAACUACAAGAACAUCAUAUUUGGUAAAAACCCCAGAGCUGAAUUUACUAAGAAGUAAUGUUUUUACAUAUUAAACUUUAUAUUAAAGCUCUGGUCUUCCUUUUUAUUACAUUAAUUUGAAUAGAUCACCUUCACAGUACUUUGAAGUUACAUGAAACUCUCAGGGUAGUCCAUUCAGUCUGGUGUCAAGAUUACUUUACCCUCUGUACAACUUGCAGUAGAGCAUUUCUUUUUUAAUUUUCACAGAAAAGCAUCCAUGCAUCACCAGAAUUUCACUUAUGAACUCUCUCACCUGCAGAGUUUCCACAAAAUGCUCUUAAACUGAGUAAUACAUCUUGUAUUAUUACCUCUGUCUCUUUGCAGGCAGGGUGUGUUACAUGGGUGUUGGAAGCACGACGAGCCUGCAGCGCUUCAAGAGUAACUCUAGCGUGAGUCGAACCACUGAUGUGACGAUAUGUACAGGACUCAACACUUCCAUCAGACCAGGUUUCAUCCAACCAGGCAUCUAGUAAGAUAUCUAUUUUCUGGUCAUGGAAUAGACUGAAUUGAAUAAUGAUGCAUACGUAUGACCACAGCAUUAACCUGAUUGACUUUGUGUCUUACAACACAAGGCUGUAGAGACAUCAAAGAUCAGUGGCUUUUCUCAAGGAUUUGAUGAUGAAUAUUGCUUCAGAUUUCCUCAUUAUUUCAUUUUAUUGUUAAAGUAAACUUGAUAACCCCAACUGUCUUUCAGUGAUGGGAGGAUGGUGGCAGUAAAACACAUCCAGAACAAACAUUUCACCCUCUCCAAAACCAUCCGGAAGGAGGUGAAAGAAGUAAGGUGAGGGGAAUCCUUGACGGGAAAGAGGAAAACUCUUUUACUGACUAUAUAAAUUCCGUACCCAGAACUUCCUUCACUUCUGUAUCUUUUUUCAUUUUGGCCAGACAACUAGACCACCCCAAUCUGUGCAAGUUCAUCGGUGGUUCCGUUGAGGUGCCCUACGUCUGCAUCAUCACAGAGCACUGCCCCAAAGGGAGCCUGUCUGAUGUCCUGCUCAAUGAUGACAUCCCCAUCAACUGGGGCUUUAGGUCAGAAAAAUCACAUUUUCUUCUUUUCUUUGACUUUGAUCUUAUUUGAAGAGGCAGCAGCAUUAGUUAUAUGGAGUUCUGCUCUACUGAACUUGUCCACUUUAGAUUAUUGGUCAGUGUAAACUAUAGGAAUUAUUAUACACUUAGUCCUUGCCACCUGCCCAAAGAUGUUGCCAUGAAUUGAUGAAAUGAAACGUGUGUAGCCUCAGCAGGAAAUGUCAACUUUGAUGUCUCAGAGAAAGAACUCCUUUCUAGACCUAUCACACAAAAAAGUAUCUGUCAUAGAAAAUAAAACAAUUAUUUUCUCAGUAAGGCAUGAUGCAUGCAGGCCCCAGGACAUAAAGUGAUAUAUUGUAUGUCCUAUUGCUGCAGACUGUCAUUUGCAACUGAUAUCGCCCGCGGGAUGUCUUACCUUCAUCAGCACAAAGUGUUUCAUGGGAGGCUUCACUCCAGAAAUUGUGUCAUUGAUGAUCGCUGGGUGUGCAAAAUCUCAGGUAACAAAAUCUCAUCCUAGAACAACAUUAAUACGCAGUCUACUUGGUUAAGGCAAACUGUUAUUGUUGACAUUAUUUUCUGCAAAUACACAGACGCACACAGCAUGAAAAGCUAAUAUCUCUUUUGGACUCACUGCACUCCUCAGCCAUUGCUUUGUAUAUUUUUCUGUGCUUGUCUUCAGAUUAUGGACUCACAGCUUACAGAAGAGAGGACUUUGAUGUCGUAAGCAAUGGCUUUAACUGUGGAGAUGUAAAUCAUAUAUACUGUGCCCCAGAGGUCUUGCUGGGCAGCAGCUCAAAUAUGACCCCAGCUGCAGAUGUCUAUAGGUAAGAUUUAGAAGUUUUUAAAGUGGAUGAUAUUUCAUGUUAUUAAAAAGGUUGCUUAAAUCAAUAUGUUUUUAUAGGUUUACUUAAAGUGGCAAGCAUCUUCAUACUUAUAAACACAUCCUCAAAUAAUAUUGUGAUUAAAUCUUUGACUGCUCUUGUAAACAGAAGAAAAAAUACACCCGUUUUUCUUCUUUUUCCAGCUACUCCAUGAUUCUAGUUGAGAUUGCAACUCGCUCUGACCUCAUUUCAGUGAGUAUGACAGCCCACUCUGCAGAUUACAACCUUCAGCUUCCCUUUGAUCCCUUCUUUGCAACUAAAGCAACUCCUCUCAAACAGGACCAGGCUGAGGGAGUGAGGAUGGAUGUCAUGUGGCGCCCUCCACUGCCUGAACUUAAAGCAGGGAAGGCUGAUACUGACUGUCCCAGCCAGGGCGACUACUGUGAGGUCUGUCUCAUGGAGAAAUGUUGGACAUUUUUGCCAGAUCAGCAUUUAAUGAAUAAAAAUUAAACAUAGAAAUAAUUAUUUUUUUCUUUGGAUCUCUUGAGCAGCUUAUAAAGAAGUGUUGGUGUCAUAAUGUCACCAUGAGGCCCACGUUUGAGCAGGUGAAGAAGAUGCUUGACAAAAUGAACCCGCACAAAGUCAGCCCGGUGGACAUGAUGAUGAACCUGGUAACAAAGCACUAAAAUAUGAUUAAACAAGUAAAAAAUUAUUUCAAAUACAAAAACCUGCAUUGAAUUAUCAAGAUUUCAUGACAGAUCUCACAUUUUAGCAUAAAGAAUACAAAUACCAAGAAUCUGAAAUACAGUUCGUGCGAGUUUUGGUUAUUUGUAAGAGUUUCCUUAACUGCAGAUGGAGAAGUACAGCAAACAUCUGGAGGCCAUAGUUGCUGAGAGGACACAGGACCUUCUUCAAGAGAAACAGAAGACGGAUCGAUUGUUAUAUAGUGAGUAAGGAUAAAAAUGUGAGGUUAUCUGUGUAAGAGAUAUGUGGUUUAUGAUUAACCAUGCCACUAUCUCGUGCACCUAGUUUGAUUUUUCUAGGUGAGUUGCAGAGAGAAAUAUUUAUGGGCUACCUUAUACUCUUACCAAACAGAUCAUCAUUAUUUAUUAAAUGAGUUAUAUCUGUUUAUUUCUGGUGACUGUAAAUACUUUGAGGAUUUAAAAAACAAAUUUAAAUGUGUUUGCUGCCAUCUAGUGGUGCAAAAGCAUCAUAACCCCUCCAUAACACUGUCCCACAGACAGACUUUUUCAGCAAAUACACAUUUUCAAGACUUUAAUUCCUAUGCAGGUAUGUUACCCAAACCUGUGGCUGAUGACCUCAGACAAGGCCGAACAGCAGAGGCUCAGAGCUUCUCCAACGCUACUGUGUACUUCAGGUUUGUCCUCUUUAAAACACGUUUGUGACACAGUUUUUGCUUUUAACAGACAUUUGUUGAAACUCAGAUCAUCUUGCCCUCACUCCAUACCUUGAAACUUUUUCCCAAAAAUGAACCUUUAAAAGAAUCAGACUGAACUGAAAUGAUGAUUAACGCUGAAUUAUUUCUCUUUGACAGUGAUAUUGUUGGCUUUACUCAGCUAUCUGGUGCCAGCACUCCUUACCAGGUAGUGAACUUCCUCAACCAGCUUUACACCACCUUUGAUGACAUUAUUGACAAUUACGACGUCUACAAAGUUGAAACGAUAGGAGAUGCUUGUAAGUGAGCACUGUCAACAAUCCUUUUUACUGCUUAAAUCUUUGACAAAGGUUGAGAGAAAUUGAGAUUAUUUCUCCUUUAAAAUCCUCCUCUGCCUUUAAAGAGGAAAAAAAAAUUCACUUAUCAGAACUUCUUCUUGUCCUUCUUACUGGUUUGCCUCUUUGCCUUGCAGACAUGGUGGUCUCAGGGGUUCCUAAAGAAAAUGGCAUCAAUCAUGCUGGAGAGAUAGCCAGCAUGGCUCUUGAUUUGGUCAGUGUGUGCCACAGUUUCAAGAUUCCUCACAAACCCAACACUCAGCUGAAAAUACGUGCUGGCAUCCAUUCAGGUACCAUGGACAUGUGGUUGUUUCUGUGAACAUGUGCUGCAGGUCUGCUUGGCACAAUAGAAUAAUGACACGAAUUAGAUCAAUAUAGUUAAAAACAAUUUAAGACAUGAGAGCACCUUAUAGCUGUAAAAAAUCAACCUAGAUUUAUUCAACUUCAACACAAAUCAAAAGCGGAGUUAAUAGAUGGCUCUCAGAGGGCACAUUUACAGUUUUACAAUGGUCAAAGGUUGCAAUAGGUGUUUGAGUAUCGUUUUACAACCUGCAUGCAUAUAUGACACAUGAAUAUCAAAGAAUAUGUGCUUGGUGCAUUUAAAAUGAAAAGACUUCUCUGUAAAUACUUAGAAAAAGGUGUAUUAGCUGUAGGAGAGGACCAAAGCUACCACUUUUUUUUGGAAAAGAUUUUAUAAUUCAAUGUUUUAAAGUAGUUUUUCAUGUUCUGUCAUUCAUAAGACUACUCAGUAAUUAGAUGUCUUUGAGUAAACUAACCUAACACGCAUUAACAAAAUGAUGCAACCAUUGGUGUCUCCUCAGGACCUGUGGUGGCAGGCGUGGUUGGCACCAAGAUGCCUCGUUACUGUCUAUUCGGGGACACUGUCAACACAGCGUCACGAAUGGAAUCAACCAGUGAAGGUAAAGAAGGAUUAGGCGUGCUGCCAGUCAUCCAGUUAAAAUCCUAAAGAGGAACGAUUGGUGUCAGGAGAUUUCAGGUUACAUGAGGUUUCAAUUGUGGUUUAUAUUGUUAGGGGUUGAAGGAACAGUUUGCCUUUGGCUUGUUAUAUCUCUGCUGCUAUUGUGGCAAACAGGAUUGUCUCUGAGUUAAAGCAAUAGUACAACACAGGAGGGUUAGACGUAGAGAAGCGACAAUGUGCUGAAAAAGGACUUAAUCCUCAGCAUUAAGUCAAAGGGACAAUGGAAAAGACAGAGUGAUGCUAGGUCCAGAGUUUAAUCUUAGAGAAGGGUUCAUAUAUGUCUAGAAUCUGCGUAUCACACACACAGAUAUACAGAGACAGACAGGUCUUUUAUUUUAAUAUGAUCAAAUGUAUUUAUAAUUCUGUUCCUAGCUCUGAAGAUCCAAGUAAGUGGUGCCACUGCGGACCUGCUUCACACGCUCAGAAGUUAUGUUCUGACAUGCAGAGGGACUCUUAAUGUGAAGGUAAUUGAAGAAAUAAUGCAGCUAAUCUGUGUAAAAGAAGAAUGAGAAACCCUGUUGCUUGAGAUAAGAAAGGAUUGCAGGAAACAUAAAACUGUCUUCCAAGAAAGAAGAGACUGGGUGGGUCUGGUAUUUGUGCUUUUUUGGCAGGGAAGUCUUGUAUUAUCCAGAUGAAUGCUUUUUUUCAUGUUGCAACCCAAGUGCUCUUUUUGGGUGUUGUCCGUGUAAUAUGGGGGAGGGGUUGACUUCUCAUUCCCAGAGGAGAGAGGCAGCACUGCUGACACCUGUGAUGUCUUGGUAAGAAGUGGCCUCAGCUGCUGCUCUCUGCCCCCUCAUCGAACCCUAAUGGCUUUAUUUAAAAUUCAAAGGGACACAUGCUCUGCAAUAUGACUCUCCUCUGUCUAUCGCUCUAAAUCUCUUUUUUUUUUUUUUCCUUGGCCGAACAGGGAAAAGGGGAGAUGACUACAUGGUGGCUGGAAGCAAAAAGAGACGAUUACACUGACCCACUGCUCAGAGCACCUGAAUCCAGAGAAGUCCCAGUGCCGGUUAGCAAUUAGAUACGACCAUCAGCUCAGAGCCCAAAAUGUAAAAAUAACUGUACAACUAUGAAAACUCUUUAUUCUUCUGUGUUCAGAAGUGUUUGUCAUCAUCUUUAUUGUUGUGACCAGAAGUGAUGACAAAAAGCCAGCAAAAUCAGUCUUGAUUGUCCAGAAACAGAUUGCAUACUGUUUAUCUAUUUAUGUAUUCAGUUUGUUAGUUUUGGAAAAGGAUAUAAAAUUGUAUAUGCAGAGAAACCUGACAAACUGUAAUACAUCAUCUAUUUCAUAUAGCUCUUUAAGUAUUUUUUUAAUGAUACCGCACUUUUGUUUAAAUAUAUUAAACUUGAAGAGGAUAACCACUGCCUGAAAAUCAAUUCACCCAGUCACAUGGUAGUUACAUUAAAGAUGUCAAGGCAAAGAUAUUAAUAACUUUAAUGUUUUUCUAUCAUGUCAUCUUCUCUUGCCUUCAAAAUGUUGGACAAGCACCCCAGGGCCAAAACUAUUCCAGCUAUAUUUUGUCUUGAAUAAGAAAAACACACUAACCAUUUAAACCCUUUUUGCCGUAAAUACCUGUAGUUGUCUGUUGUAGUUUCAUAUACUGUAAGUCUCACUUACUGUGCAGUAAAAUGAGAUAUCUAACACAUGUUCUUGUUUGUGUCAGUGCAUUGAAGUUACUCUCAGUUUAGCAGAUAUAUCGUUUUUCAUAUCUGAGUGUGUAUUUGUCUAGUAACAAGUGCAAAACAAAUAAAGAAGUUGGAAUUUUACCUCAAA